AUGCCUAGAAGGACACAGCAGAUGAACUCUAUGAGUAGAGGCCGUGUACGUGCCUCUAUGAAUAAAUUUAAUUUAUUCAAUUUGUACAAGAAGCCUACGAUCAGCUACCACGGAAAGACCAUAUACCAACAAAAAUGGACAGCCAAGGCGGAAACAAGAGCAUACCACGGGGAACAUUUAACAGAAAGUCGGUGGAAACAAAUUUUCAAGCCAAAUCUUGAAUCCGUUGCUCAGUUAGAUGCAUCAUUGAAGGGUGUGGAAGUUGCACCAACGCCUAUGCCAUUACAAACAUACGCAGCAUUAGAAAAGAGGUUGGAAUUUGCUCUUUUCAGGGCAAUGUUUGCAUCAUCGGUGAGACAAGCGAGGCAAUUUAUUCUCGGGGGUCAUGUCAAAGUGAAUGGAGUGGUUGUUAAGCACCCUUCGUUCCCAUUGCAGAGUGGAGAUGUGUUCAACGUUAAGCCAGAAAAGGUUUUGUUGGCGAUGGGUCGAGUAAAGCCGGGUUUGGAACAGGCUAUCAAAGUUGAUAACAACCAAAUUUCCGUGUGGAACAAGUACGUAAAGACUGCUCAUGCUAAUCCAAGAGAAGUAUGGGAAUUGAAACAAAACAAACCUAAGUCAUUGAACCAGAGUGAUCAAAGUUCCGCCUCUAAUAAGGAAAUGAUCAAAAAAUUCAAUCAAGUUAUCGAUAAAGAAAUGAUCAAGCAACAAAAGAACACCACGAGAGAAUCAAUGUUGUCUAAGAUUUUAUCUCUCGCCAGUAAGCAAGCGGAAGAUACACCAGUUACGGCCGAUACUUUUAAUGAGCUAGGAAAAGGUAAUACUUUCAAGUGUAAUGAAAUCUACCAAAAAUUAGCUGAAAGUAAGCACAGUUUGCUCAAGCAAUUUUCUAUCGAAGAUGCUAAAAGAUUCAUUUCUACCAAAUCUACCGAAUUCGCAACUAAGGAAGAAGCCAAGCUUGCAACUGUCGUGAAGCAGACAUUAUCAGAGUUAGUUAAGACCCAACAAGAAUACAUUCGUGUUUCUUCUCAAGGAAAAAAAUUAUCUGAGUCCACAAAAACUAUUCCAUAUUCUUCUGACUUCUCCAAAAACUUAAAGAUUCAUAAAAAAUUAGAUAAGGAUGCACUUGUCGAAGACGAGUCUAAGGCCAUUGUUAACUUGCCAUGGCAAAAGGGCUUAUUCGGCCGUCAAGAUCCUUCCAAGCCAUACUUCACUCCUUGGACCCCAAGGCCAUUUAUUGGUUGUUUUGCCAUUUUACCUUCCCAUAUUGAGAUAUCAUUUAGUACUUGUCAUGCUGUGUAUUUGAGAGAUCCAGUCGCUAGACCAGGCCAUUCUGAAGUUAUCUCACCUUUCCCUGACCAUGCUCACGAGAGAGCUUAUAUGUUCUACGCCAGAAAGGGUUUGUAA